AUUCAAAAAGAGGCGAGAGGAAAAACGCGCCACAGGUCCGGCGUCUGAGACUGAGAGCGACGCUCCGCAGAAAUCCUGGACAAACCAUGUCCAUGAAGAGGCAACUAGAGGACAAGGACACAGAGAAGGCUGGCGUGAUGGACGCAAUGGGGACUGGAGACACCAAGGACAUGCAGUCCCUGUUCAUGAACUUGAGCCUCCCUGACAGCACGAACUCAUCUGAUGCCACCAACGUUACCGACGUAACCAGAGUCACCUUCUCACCCUACUACCAGCACUCGCUAGCCAUGGCUGCCAGCUACAUCCUGGCCUACCUGUUCAUCUUCCUGCUGUGCAUGGUGGGUAACGGCCUGGUGUGUCUCAUUGUCCUGAGGAACCGGCGCAUGCGCACCGUCACCAACCUCUUCAUCCUCAACUUGGCCAUCAGCGACCUGCUGGUGGGAGUCUUCUGUAUCCCCACCACGCUGGUCGACAACCUCAUCACAGCUGGCUGGCCCUUCACCAAUGCAGUGUGCAAGAUGAGUGGCCUGGUCCAGGGGAUGUCCGUGUCAGCCUCCGUCUUCACACUGGUGGCCAUUGCCGUCGACAGGUACCGCUGCAUUGUUUACCCUUUUAAGCCGAAGCUAACCCUGCUUGUUGCCAAGGUAACCAUAGGGCUGAUCUGGGUACUGGCAGCACUGAUUAUGUGCCCUUCGGCCAUGAUGCUGAUAGUCGAACAGGAGGAAGGCCACUAUAUGGUGGACAGUGAAGACCGCAACCACACCUACCCACUCUAUUACUGCUAUGAGACUUGGCCGAAGCCAGAGAUGAGGAAGAUCUACACCACGGUACUGUUUGCUCAUAUUUAUCUCAUACCCCUCACCCUUAUCACCCUCAUGUACUGCCGCAUCGGAGCCAAGCUCUACACCACCGCAGGGCUCUCUACUGACGCACACCCUAAUACGGUGCCCUCUGGUGACCCCCCGGGAAGAGCACACAUAUCUCCCAAGAAGAUAAAGGUAAUCAAGAUGUUGAUCGUGGUUGCCCUGCUCUUCAUGCUCUCCUGGCUGCCGCUGUGGACGCUCAUGCUAUUGAUAGACUAUGCAAGGCCAGAGGGGGCCCAGCUGGACCUCCUGACAAGUUACGUAUACCCCUUCGCCCAUUGGCUCGCCUUCUCAAAUUCCAGUGUGAACCCCAUUAUCUACGGCUACUUCAACGAGAACUUCAAGAGGGGCUUUCAGGCAGCCUGCCAGGUGGGCUCCUGCGGCCGUUGGCAGGGCCGACAGGUCACAAGCGGAUCAGCCACAAGAGAGGGCAGUGGGGCCCUUGCAUCUCGGGAGACCCUCAGCCUGGGGACAAAGAACAGGGUCCACACAGAUAGAGAAGUAACUGAAUGUGUUCGUCUGGAGAUGGAGCAGAGGAAAGGCGAGAUGCGGAGGGAGCCGUGCUCAGAAUUGUGGAGGCCAGGAGAGGGAGGUGAUACAGGCAAAGAGAAGAUCACUCCAAAGGGAGCCGCGGUGUGUCGUGCCUGGGAGCUGGAUGUGUGCUGA